AUGCCACCACCAGAUACAGUUCCAGUCACUCGUCAUACCUUACAAGCUGAUUAUCGCACGGGGGAUCUGAAACUAGGCCACCUUGCUGUUCUCGCUGAUUUGAGAAAGUAUCUGCAGGUUCCAUUUGAUUGCCUAGUGAAAUGCGUUGGUGCCAUGCCCUCUCAGCAGGAUCUGCAGCGGAUACGCAGCAACUUGACAGAGAGCAAGAUUCUCACCGACGAUGAGAGUGGCUUGCGAUGGACGGACUUUACCCCGCCCGCCACAUCGAAAGGGCCCGAAGAAAAUCUGUUCAAGCCCCUCGGUCGCAUCAUCGCUGAAAUUUUGGCAGAAGUCCCGAAACGCGGAGUUUCCUUCCUAGCGAACCCAAAUGGAACACCCCUCUCGCAGCGCAACAAUACUUCCAGGCCUGAUGGUUAUCUUGUACUUAACAACAACAAAACCGAGCCCAAUAUACAUUGGUUCGAUAUUGCUGUGCCAUUCGAAUUCAAGAAGGAGCAGGAUAUUGAGUCUCUCCGAGAUAACAAACAGAAGAUAAUCUGGAGCCUUCACAGUAUCAUGCGCGAGGAUCCUCUUCGUCGGUUUGCGUUCGGUAUCACAAUCGAGGACACGCAAUUGAGACUGUGGCUCAGCAAUCGUGCGUUCCUUGUGGUUACAGAACCUAUCAACUUCUUCGAGAACAUCGAUGGUGUUAUCUCGCUCUUUUACGCUCUUGGAUUUGCGUCUGUGUCUUCUACUAUGAAAGAGCUCGGAUGGGACCCCACUGUCGAGCGGAUUCAUGAUGGGAAGGAUUUCCAAUACAAGUUCAUUAUCGGGGAUGAAGUGUUCACCACGACAUGUGAACUUGCAACCUACGGCGCAGACUCUACGGUUGGGCGUGGACCUUGCGUGUACGAAGUCACAGACGCCAAGGGAAAGAAGGUUGCCAUCAAAGAUUCAUGGAGAGAAGUCGAACGUCAAUCAGAGGGCGAAAUCCUAGAAAACAUCUUGACUUCCUGUGCGGAGAAGCUGCAACCGGAGGAGUUGGCGGAUGCCAAGAGGCACUUCGUUGGAGUCAGGCUCUGGAAGGAUGUCAUAAUCGACGAUAGCCGAGACGAGACGCUGGACCCGAUGGUUGCAGAAGAGCAUAAUCGUUCCUGGGUGUCCAUCGAUGUCAAUCCCAUCCUCUCCGCGGGACUACAUUUAUCUAGCACAAGCCAACUGUCUGCCUCUUUUCCCACACAAUUGGGCAUUAUCACGCACAAAGAAACUUGCAUCCCACGCAGAGUCCAUACUCGCAUUGUCUUACAUGAUGUCGGAGUCGCUCUCAAGGAUGUCACCUCUUUGGCCGAUAAUCUGACUUGUUUGUCCGGUGCACUUACGGCCUUGUAUCAUAUGCACAAAGCAGGCUGGGUUCAUCGCGAUUUCAGCGUCGGGAACGUAAUUUGGGUCGGGGGUAUCGGGAAAUUGCGUGACUUCGACUACGCGGAAAAGAUAGAUCCAAAUAGUUCCCAUGAUGUUCGAGCGGGAACAAUACCUUUCAUGGCGGCGGAAGUAGAAAUGCAGGAUUAUCGUUUCCACCCAAUUCGCGACCUCCCCCCAAUUUGCGACAUCCUCUCGCCUGAUACAGACUUCCCGAUCGACCCUCCAUUUCGCAUGAAUUUCCUGCACGACAUUGAAUCCGUAUGGUGGACUUUUACCUGGAUCUUCUUUUAUCACACGAACACAACAACGGAGAAUGCCGGCCAUUCCAUUGCUGAUCAGUGGAACCAAUUCCGGUUGGCCUUCCCUGGUACGAUCGACCGCGUAUCACGCUAUUACUUCUUCACCAACCUUAUACAGCUCCAAAGCAACUGCAGAGCCUUCCUUUCAAAGACGUGCCAUGAUGUUUGCUUUUAUAUUCCCUACUUCGCAAAAGCUAUCCAAGAUGGAUAUCGAAAGGCGGAGGCAAAUCAUUCUGUGCUAGCGCUUGACAACAUUCUUCUGGAAGAUAUGCAUGGAAGAGCUGCAGAAUUUCUCCGUUGUGCGCAAGAACGUGCCGGGGUUAUAGAACUUUGUACGCUCCCCAACUUCCUGAAGCAGAAGAGGCCCAGACCGGGAGAUGAGACAUCCCCUCCGCCAAAAUAUGAAGGGAAAAAGCCUCGAUGCAAUUGA